AUAGCAAGUUAUCUGUAAUUGGAACGUAGUGCAGUCAAUUUAGCCUCGACCAAGGUCCCCCGCCUUUGCAUAUCCAAAGUCGCCACCAUGGGCCUCAAUAAUAAAUUCACAGAUGAGAUCAAGGAGGUGGAUGUCAUCAUCGUCGGUGGCGGGACUGCUGGCUGCGUCGUAGCCGGUCGACUCGCCGCCGCCGCCCCUGACCUGCAUGUGCUCGUGGUCGAGGGCGGUCGUGACAACUACAAGGACCCGCUCAUCAUCAAUCCUUUUGCAUUUAUCAAGAACCAAGAUCCUAGCGCCAAAACGGCCCUGUUCUUUCGUGCUGGCAAGUCGGAAGAGCUAGGUGGGCGUGAGUUGGUGGUGCCGACGGGAGGUAUACUGGGCGGCGGGUCGAGCAUCAACUUUUUGAUGUACACAAGAGGUCACCGGUCCGACUUUGAAUCCUGGAACACCCCAGGUUGGGGCCCAGAAGACAUGCUACCAUGCCUUAAAAAGGCUGAAACAUACCACGGCACCGGCUCAGCAGCCCUCCACGGCUCGACGGGCCCCAUCCAGGUCAGCAGCGGCACGCACCGCAACGAGUCGGUGACGAACCAGUUCAUCCGCGCCGUCAACACGCUCGGCUUCCCUGAGACGGCUGACCUGCAGGACCUCGAAACCGUCGACGCCGUAUCUCGCCACCUGCGCUUCGUCAGCCCGACCGGCGACCGCUCCGACGCCGCCCACGCCUACCUGCACCCUCUGCUGCGCGACGGCCAGCAUCCGAACCUGCACGUCCUGGUCGAGCACAACGUGUCUCGCGUGCUUCUCGACGACGACAACAAAGCCUGCGGUAUCGAGCUCGUCCCGAACCCUCUCUUCCAGCAACCGUCAUCAUCAUCAUCAUCAUCAUCAUACACCGUCAAGAGCCGCCUCAACACCGUCGUCGUGUCCGCCGGCGCGCUCUGCACGCCCUCGAUCCUCGAACGGUCCGGCAUCGGCGCUGCGGCCGUGCUGGAGCGCGCCGGCGUCCCACUCAAGGCCGACCUGCCCGCCGUCGGCGAGAACCUGCAGGACCACCACAUGCUGCUGGUGCCGUUCCGCUCCGCCUGCGCGCCCGAGACGCUGGGCAACGUCGCCCUGCUGGGCUCCAUCGAGGACGUGCCCGCCAUGGCAGAGGAGCUGGCCAAGGACGGCAGGCGCGGGUCCAACUUUAUCGAGGCGGCGGCGAAGCUGCGCCCAACGGCCGACGAGGUCGAGGCGCUCGGUCCCGAGUUUCAGGAGGCAUGGCGGAGGGAUUUUGCCAAUAGGCCUGGGAGAGGUCUGGCGCAGAUUUGUAUGGCUUUAGGGUUCCCCGGUCCCAGCGACGAACCAAACUGCGAAAACAUCGCCCUGUCCGGCUUCACCCUGUACCCGUACAGCCGCGGCAGCGUGCACAUAACAGGCCCGUCGCCCAACUCGAACGAGCCCGCCUUCGACUCGGGGAUAUUCUCUUCCUCCUGUUCACAUUCCUCCUUCGACGUCUCCGCCGCGUGUUGGACGUACAAGAAGCUGCGCGAAAUCGCCCGCCGCCUCGACAGCUACCGCGGCGAGGUGGCCUACGCCCACCCUCCGUUCCCCGCGGGUUCCGAUGCCGCCCUGCUGCGGUUGCCCGUGGACGGACCGUCGCUGGUGGAAAAGUAUGGCGGUCCCGAUAAGGUACCAAACCUUGUUUACGGUGCCGAGGACGACGCCGCUGUGGAGGCCUACGUCAGGAACGCGGUACAAACGACGUGGCACACGCUUGGGACUGCGAGGAUGGGUCCGAGAGACGGUGAUGGUCAAGGUGGACCAAAAGGAGCCGUCGAUAGCAGCCUGAAUGUUUAUGGCGUAAAAGGUCUCAAGGUCAUAGACUUGAGUAUUGUGCCCGAGAACAUUGGCGGCAAUACAAACAUGACAGCUCUCGGGAUAGGAGAGAAGGGAGCAGAAAUUUUACUGCGGGAGCUAGGGGUUCUCAAGACAAACUAGAACUAGAAGUGGUUAGAGAUUAGACAUUAUAGGCGAUGGCCAUCUGACAUGACAUGGCAUACUUUGACAGUGCAAGCCUCGGAAUUCCUCAACCUUUCAAGGCAGACCUUUUUAAACUUAUAGUAGCUCAUCGAUCUUAAUCCCCAGCCCUUCCAGUUCUGCAGUAGCAACCCUGCCCACCCCUUUAUCCAGCAUCUUCUUGAUAGAAUUGGCCGAAAGCUCCAGCGGAAGCUUGAGGUCCCGACCUAACGCAACCCAGUCGUUCCUCCCCGUCGCCGCCAUCAGAAUAAAAGUCACAAGUGAUGGACCACGCGACUUGUCUCUCAGCACCUCGAGCUCCCCAAACACCUUGUCAAAAUACGAUGCAUUGUCGUCCCAGAGAUCGCGCAGCGCCUGCCACGUCGUCCGAUACACCGUAAAAUAGUUGAAGGUAGCCUCGGGUAUCUCGGCCUCGAGCGCCAUCGCCAGGUGCAGGAUAAGGGUUGCAGGCUUGCAAGAGACGUCGCCAUCUUCCAGCCGUUGCUUCUCAUGGUCGUGGGGAACUUUGCCGGCUUCCACACUCUCCUGCGUGUCCGGAAAUGAACGACCAUCCGGCCACAAUUUGGUCCUGUCCGCACCUUUGGAUAAUAUCUGCUCCACCUGCUCAACCGACAAACCACCACGAGCACCGAUCCCGCGGAACAAGUCCCCCGUGAACCUUGUAAUGGGCGCUCCAAUUCUCAGACCCCGCGGCGAGCCUCUGCUGCGGAGAUCAGUCUUCUUUGCCCGCCUGUUGCGUGCAAAGUUUGUGAGGGAGCAGCCCAUCAUGAGCGCGUGGUUUCGAAAGUGCGCCUCGACAUCUCGCGGAGGACUGCCCACAAAGAAUGAACUGCGAGGUUGGAAGUGUCGCGCCGCGUCUAGAUCGUCCCAGCGCUUGUCGUGGGGCAGCAGACCUUCCGCUUCCAGGGCAUGCACCAAUUGUGCCAUGUAAGCCAGCGACCCCUAGGCGCUUGCGUAGGCCACUCCAACAAAGUGAAAAUGCGCAAGUUGUGCAUUGAGCCAAGUGCCACAGAAGAGCGGGUGACGCUUGAGGAAUAUUUUUGGCCUCAUGGGAAUGCGAUGCUUCCUCUUGAAUCUUGCCGUCGGGUCGCUUCUCCAGACAUGGCAUAAAGCGGCAAGUCGUUGGAGAAUAAUCUCAUCUUCGGCCAACCAGCUGUGAAUGCGCAUCUCUCCACGGAAACUUACAGUAGUUUCAAUGGUCUGCAAGAUCAUUUGAUCGAGGUCCGCCAUUUCCUUCUAUGGACGAUCGAGCUGUCCCUUGAGCAUUGCGAGACUAUCAAGGUACAUAGUCCCGGCAAGACUGAGUGAGAGCGGGACGCUCGGCUGACUGCAACUCAACAUUGCCAAAAUUGCCAGACUAAAUUCGUCCCUGCAACGAACCGGUUCAUUCUCGGACAAGACGUGAAAUACGACCGCAGUUUCCAUCAAUAUUUCCGAGAGAGCAGCUUUGCUGUGAAAGAACUCCGUCCUUUGAUCACUUGCUGUUGCGAGUUCGUCAUACCAGCCACAGUCUCCAUUGGAAUGGUGCAU